CUUUAGUCCGGUGACUGCCUUAACUCACGCUCAGACGGAGGAAUCGCGACGGUCUUCAGUCCUCUAAUUUCCAUAACCCGUGAUGACGGCAAGACUGAAUAUCAUCACUCACCAUUCCUGAUCCUCACCAUGGUAGCGCUUCCAAACGAGGUCUUGCAUCAAAUAUUUGCCGAACUAGAGGAUCGACUGCCUCUAGAAAGAUGGCAUAUGUAUGGAGCUUAUUUGGAACAUCAAGGCUCAGCCACGCUCCGCAACCUCUGCCUGGUCUGUCGCCAAUUCCGACACAUCGCACAACCUUUACUAUAUCGGACCGUUAUUACUGAAGGUCGCGAUAGCGCAAGAACUGUCGAGACUCUUCUUCUUAAAACCCAAAAUGGACGUAUUGGGGGAAGCUGCAAGGAAAGAGAUCAUUCGGUCAGCGUGGAAGAGUUUGAGCCUUCCACCUGCCCUAAAACGUUACAUGAAGGAAAACCAUCAUAUGUCUUGUGGCUUUGCUGCUCUCAUCAUAGCAUAUAUGCCUCUUGUGCAGGUUGCCGAUUGCACUACAGAAGGCCUGGCAGUCCCGUUCUAUUGGCUGUUGAGUACAAGGACGGAUAUGAGAAGGCCAGUAUGUCCUAUUGAUCCUCGAAGUAUUUUUUUUUUAACUACGAAGAUGAGGAUGGAGGCAUUGAAGACCAAGGUAUUUCGAAGGCUACAUUUGCAAACUACUGCUUUCCAAACCUUACCGACGUUCGUAUCAGGGCGGUGGUCGGUGAAAAAGACACCCAGAGCGCUUGGGUGAUCGAAGAUCUAAUUUUCAAUCCUUCGCUCAAAAUACUACGGACAUUCGGCACCGCCUGGUAUGGCGAGGAACUCUCUUGCUUUAAAUGGUCUGCACACAAGAACUACAACCUGGAGUAUUUAGACCUCAUGGAAACAUACAUUGACGCCGAG